AUGGGUGGGAUUUUGCAAAACUUUGCAAAGAUGAAUGAUUUGAUGACAAAAUCGUUCCUAAGUUAUGUGGAACUUAAGAAACAGGCACAGAAGGACCGUGAAGGCGAUCUUGACAUUGAGGCAGGGAAACUCAACCCCACGGAAGACCGCAACCUCUCUCAAUUUUUCCAAGAAGUUGAAGCAAUCAAGGUUGAAAUGGAAGAUAUUACCAACCUCUUAGUUGAUCUUCAGCAACUGAAUGAAGAGGCAAAGUGCACCCACAGUGCCAAAGUUCUUCGAGGCCUAAGGGACCGCAUGGAGUCUGACAUGGUUGCCGUGCUUCGCAAGGCACGUAUUAUCAAGGCAAUGCUUGAGGUUCUUGACAAAUCCAACAUAGCCAAUCGUCGUUUAUCAGAAUCCUACAAAGAGGGAAGUCCCAUUGACAGGACCAGAAUGUCUGUCACAAAUGGUUUGAGGGUCAAGCUUAUGGCCAUGAUGAAUGAUUUUCAGUCCUUGAGAGACAAGAUUCUAUCUGAUCACAAGGAAGAUUUGAAGAGAAGAUACUACAGAGCAACGGGUGAGGUUCCCACUGAGGAGGUAAUGGAGAAGAUGGUUUCCGGAAGUCUUAAAGUGGAGUUUUUGGCUGGGAAAACGGAUGCAGAUUUGGGCACGCAAGUUAGGCACGAGGCAGUGAUGGAUAUCCAGAGGAGUUUGAAUAAGCUUCACCAGGUUUUUCUUGAUAUGGCUGUUCUGGUUGAGACACAGGGAGAAAACAUGGAUAACAUUGAAGAUAAUGUGGCUAAUGCGGCUAACUUCAUCCAUGGUGGAACUAAUAGUCUCUACUAUGCCAGCCAGAUGAAGAAGAAGAACAGAAAGUGGUUGUGUUGGGUUUUUGCUGUGGGGCUGAUUAUACUACUCGUAUGCAUCGUUGCAAUGUUGUCUUCUUGA